GGUUGGAUCCAGUCUUCCUGCGCCAUCUCCCAGGGCAACACAACAUAACGCCAGUCAGCCAUUUGCAAAAGAUCGAAGAACUGUACUCCAAAAUGGGUCUAGAUUAUUACGAUAUUCUUGGCUUAACGAGAAGCGCCACGGAUGCAGAUAUCAAGAAAGAAUAUCGGAAACUUUCUCUCAAGUACCACCCGGAUAAAAACCAGGAGCCGUCCGCGGAAGUGAAAUUCAGACAGGCUGCAGAAGCCUAUGAUGUCCUCAGCGAUCCUAAGAAAAGAGCCAUCUACAACCAGUUUGGUGAAGAAGGAUUAAAGUCUGGAGUGCCUGAAAAAGAUGCAUGGACACAAGGCUACACCUUUCACGGCGAUGCCAACAGAGUUUUUCGAGAAUUCUUUGGAGGCAACAAUCCCUUUUCAGAGCUGUUUGACAGCUAUGAUCCAGAUAUUGGGUUUGGCGGAAUUCAUGGGCGCGGCAGGAGAAAACAAGACCCUCCCAUUGAAAGGGAGCUUUAUUUAACCCUUGAGGAAGUUUUUAAGGGUUGCGUUAAGAAAAUGAAGAUAUCUAGAAGGGUUAUGAAUGAAGAUGGGCAUACCUCAAACAUCAGGGACAAAAUCCUCACAAUCAAUGUGAAGCGGGGCUGGAGGGCUAGCACAAAGAUUACAUUCCCUAAAGAGGGAGACCAGGGCCCAAAUAACAUACCAGCUGACAUUGUUUUUAUCGUGAAAGACAAGCCACACCCUAUAUUCAAGAGGGACAAUGACAACCUUAUUUAUAUAGCCACUGUUCCCCUUGGCAAGGCUUUGACGGGAUGUGUAGUUGAUGUUCCAACACUUGAUGGUAGGCUAAUCAGCAUCCCAGUGAAUGACAUUGUUAAACCUGAAUACCAAAAGGUGGUACCUGAGGAGGGCAUGCCAAUCUCCAAGAACCCAGACAAGAGAGGAGACCUUAUCAUCCAAUUCAAUAUUGAGUUUCCCAAUCACCUUAGUCCUGAACAGAAACGGCUGCUAAAGGAAGCUUUACUCUAAAGCAUGUACAUAAUACUUGCAAUUGUAGGGAGAAAACCUGCUGUUUAUAGUGUGUAAAUAACUUUUUGAUCAGAUUAUUAAAUAGCUUGUAACUUGGAUUAGAACAGUUAAGAGUUUCUGUUUUAUUAUAUCUGAAUAAAACAGUAAACAAAUAUUGUAAAAAUGUGUGUGUUGAUAGAGAUGCCCUCCGCCUUCAAAAACAAACACAUUUCUGAUUCAUAGAUUGAUGGGGUCACAUGGGAGGGUGAUACAUGACUGGGGAAUACAACUAUUACUCACCCUCAGUUUAUUUUAAAAUAUGUGGAUAUGUUAUCAGUCAAAAACUUUGAGAGAUUUGUUGUUUCCUUCUUAUUAAGAGACAAAAAGUUUGCUACUUAUGUUCUCCCAAGAAAAAUUUCAGCAAAUGUGAAAUUUUCGCACCAUUGGCAGGAAAUUGUCAAAGACAGGGAGUUGAAGCCAAUCUGUAAAAAAAAAAAAAUAGAUUUAUUUUAGGUUAACAUCAGCUCAAUAUUAGUUCGGGUAUACUGUAUUAAAAAAAAUUUUUGUUGGUCGUUUUGCAAAUUGAAUCCAUAUUUUGAGUUUCAGCUGUCCAUAACUUUGAUAGCGAACCAAUUAGAGCAUGCGUUCUUGUGAAGUUCCUGCCAUAUGCAGUUAUAGGUUUUACAAAUUUCACAACAAAGCCCUAACCUUGGGAAAGGGUUUUUUUCCUAUUGUUCAGGGCUUUAUAAGUCCAUAGUUUUACCUGUAGCUACCAGUAGUAAUUUUCUCUGCCCUGCCAGAGUAUUAUAUUGUAAGAGUGUGAAAUGGACUUAAAUUUAUUUUGUGUGCAUGAGUAUUUUUGUAGUGUGCAUGUGUUUUUCCUAAGUUUGGGUAGCCUGUGUUACAUUUUACCAUAUUUGGGCUGCACGUGUGUAAUUUAUGUAGCUGUAAUAAAUUUAGUUCUGUCCCGA